GUGGAAAGCUGAAUCUGAAAGCUGCUGCUUUGCAUAUAUCUCGUUAAAUGUGUGCAUAAAAUUGAUUGUUUAUUUAUAAAAUUAAACUGAAUUUUGCACUGCAACGCAAGCGAAAUUCCACAGUGCUUAGCCUGACGCAAUGAUCAAAGCUAUAUUAGUGUUUAAUAACCAUGGAAAACCGAGAUUAUCCAAGUUCUACCAGUAUUUCAAUGAGGACAUGCAACAGCAGAUAAUUAAGGAAACUUUUCAAUUGGUUUCGAAACGAGAUGAUAAUGUGUGCAAUUUUCUUGAGGGAGGAAGCUUAAUAGGCGGUUCUGACUAUAAGCUCAUAUACAGACACUACGCAACACUAUACUUUGUUUUCUGUGUCGACUCAUCAGAAAGUGAGCUUGGCAUUCUCGAUUUAAUUCAAGUAUUUGUGGAAACGUUAGACAAAUGCUUCGAGAACGUGUGCGAAUUAGAUCUAAUAUUCCACGCAGAUGCCGUUCAUCACAUCCUAUCGGAACUGGUGAUGGGUGGCAUGGUUCUUCAAACCAAUAUGUCAGACAUCCUGGCGCGGAUUGAAGAACAGAACAAACUACAAAAGCAAGAAGCAGGUCUAUCGGCAGCACCAGCAAGGGCCGUGAGUGCUGUUAAAAGUAUGAAUUUACCACAACAGAUAAAGGACAUAAAAUUACCAGAUCUUCCGCAGGCUAUCAAGGACUUGAAAUUCUGACCAAACACCAAUUUCGAUACGUCAUUACUCACUAAGAUUGCCUCCGAUUCAUCCUACAUUCCGAUUAACAGUGGCCUAGAAGGGUUUAAUUUCGACUCAUACCAAUCUGAAUACCCAAUGGCAUCAAGUGAAGCACCAGUUGGUAGUAAGGCAAAGGACCAGAAUGGCAAGAAAAAACUGAAAAAUUCUUCAUCAGGCGGUCGCAAUGAAAACAUAGCAGAUGAUAAUUAGAGUCUAAUACUUUGACCGUUAGAAAAAAUGAUGUGGUGCUUUACUUAAAAUACGCCAAAUAAGAAAACUAUUUGAAAAAAUCCUAUGCUAUGUCAAUCAAAUUGUGAACGAAAAAUUGCUAAUCAAUAUCUCAAAAGGACGGCGGGGAUCGAAUACAUAUUGAUGUAUCAGUUUCAUUAGAAGAAAUACAUUUUUAUAAAGCUUA